AUGUACCGCCAAUCCAACUCGACGCCGUUUCCACCUGUGGUUGAGGCACCGGCACUCUUUGCCUCCUGGACACCUCGGACCAUCUACUAUGUGGCUGCCCUCGUUAUGCUGCUGGCUGCAUGGCUUCUGAGGCCAAAAUGUGAGCCUAGCAAGCUCAGUGUACCAUUCUAUGGAGCUUCGAAAUUGAAAUGGAUCUUUGAUGCCGAGUCACAGAUUGUUGCUAGCUACAGCAAGUUUCGGGAUCAGGUUUAUCAAAUCAAGGCGACAGAGGGGAUUCAAGCCAUGAUCCCUCCAAGAUUCAUCGCCGAGCUCAAGGGGCUACCCGAGGAUAUUCUCAGCGCCACAGAGGCCGUAGCUGAUGCUCUCCAAACCAAAUACACCAAAUUCUCGCCAGGCCACAAUGGUGAAAUGCUCUCACUUCUCGUUCGAACCAGGUUAACUCAGAACCUCGUCGAGUUGGUCCCUCAGCUCAAAGCCGAACUGGAACAUUACAUUGGUACCGAAUUCCCUUCUUGCGACGACUGGACGCCUGUAAAAUGGCAGCCCUUUGCUUUGCGUGGAAUUGCCCGUCUGAGUGGCCGAGCUUUUGUUGGGCCCUUUCUGAAUCGCGACGAACAGUGGAUGGAGGUGACGAUCAACUUUGCCAUCAACGUCUUCAUGUCUGUAAUCAAACUACAGUUUUUCCCGGAGUGGGCUCGACCUGUCGCCCAAUAUGCUGUAUCAGACUUGCGCAAGAUACGACGAGAUAUAGAUGCCGCAAAGUCUAUGCUAAGGCCACUGCUGCAAGAAAGAAUACGCGACAUGGGGAUUUCGACCUUUCAUGAGCCGCCGAAUGACCUCAUGCAAUGGCUUAUUGAGGCUCUACCUGAGGAGGAAAAAGCAGACGUCCAAGUACACGCCGAACUGCAACUCAUCUUGGCAGCCGCUUCGAUUCACACCACCAAUAACCUGUUGUUUGAAUGCAUGGCCGAUCUUGCUUCACACCCCGAAGUUCAAGUUGAACUACGCAAAGAAGCCUCUCAGAUAUUGGAGGUGGAAAAUGGCUGGGCGCGCAAGGAGAGCAUGGCCAAACUCAAGAAGCUCGACAGCUUCAUGCGUGAGGUCCAGCGGCUCCGUGGAAAUAUCACAUCCUUUAUCCGCAAAGUCUUGAAGCCGAUCGACCUCUCUGAUGGCACGCACCUGCCCGCGGGAACAAGAGUACUGGCUCCCCAGGCUGGCAUUUCCAUCGACGAGCAAUUUUUCCACAACCCCGGGGAGUUUGAUGCGCUACGUUUCUACCACAUGCGGCAAGAGUCGGCCGAAGCGAGCAACCGCUGGCAGUUUACAUCCCUUAGCGAUACGAACCUCAACUUCGGCGCGGGAAAACACGCCUGCCCCGGUCGAUUUUUCGCUGGGAAUGAGAUUAAACUUAUUCUGGCAUUCUUUCUUAUCAACUACGACGUGAGGCUGAAGAAGGGUAAUGCGCGGCCGAAGCCUAUGGCGAUGGUCAUGACGAAGGGACCAGACGCCAAUGCUGAGUUCGAAUUCAGACGGCGACAGUUGGCAAAUUAA